GCAUCCUGUCCCUGACUAUUACUCACUGCAGCUGGAGGUCAUCGCCAACAGGACAUCAGCUGCCCAGGUGAUCAGGUGUGACUCACAAGAUGACACGGUGCCUAGAUGCCCGAGUCAUUACAAAGACGGUGACAGAUAUUUGAAAUGGAACAUCAAUACCCCAUGUCCAAGUUUACCU